ACAAAUCCAAAUUCGCCACCCGCCUCUCCUCCCUCUCGCGGCACGAGAGCUGAUCCCCUUCUCUUCUCCGACCCCGGCGCCGGCCCGCCACCGCGAUCGGCCAGGUAGGUACGCGCGCCGCCAGGAUCCCCCUUCCCAAUACACCCUAGCGCGAUCUUCCCCUCUACUUGUUACCUCUCCAAUUUAGACGAAGCGGGGCUCGAUCGCGAUCUGUUGGUUUGGGGGAGGAGGGGAUCGAUCGGUGGAUCAAACGCGCGAUUUUGGUCCGAUCGCCGCGCGAUAUAAAGGAUCACAUCGCCGGCGACAGCCAGGCGCUUUUUCUUUCUUUCCUUUUAGCAGCUUCUUCUGAUCCAGCUACCAUUUGCUGCUUGAUCUAGAUGCUUCAUUGGUACUCAACUACUCAGAUGGAUACAAUCUUUUGUUUAUUUUUCUUGUGGAGAAUGGGGAUGGAUUGCGUUGUUCUAUAUACUUCCCAAGGACCAAAAUUCUCCUAUGUUUGUUUGUUUGCGUAGCAGGUAUGGUCAACGCAGCCGUCUGAGCAGCACUAGUAUGGCCUCGAAAGCUAUAAGGAGGAGGCCUUGCGUUGCGGACACCGAUAAAGGGAGCGAGGAGAAGCGUAUGGAGGCGGCGACGGUGACUGAUUCUGUCUCUGUCACCGAACCUCUACUUGGGAAUAGUACUCAGGGGAAUAAAUCGAAGGGAUACGAGCCUAGGACAAGACUGGAUUUCUGGGACGAGAAAACGCGUAAGUGCCUUCAUUGGGCACAUGUCGUAUCGAAUUUUAUCAGCCAAUCUGCAAGAAAUAUAGUAAAUGCUAUUUCUGAAUUUGGAUCGUGGCUAGCAAGGUUCUUUGGUUGCUCCUCUUCAGCUGAAAGGUCACAAAAUCGGCAUACGGUGAUAGUUGAUCUCAGUCCAUUACAGGAAGAAAGAUUACAUUCCGUGAGACAAAGAUUAAAUGUGCCAUUUGACUGCUCUGUCAUCAAGCACCAGGAUGCUCUGAAAGAACUUUGGAGGUUGGCUUAUCCUAACCGACAACUUCCUCCUCUGAAAUCAGAACUAUGGAAGGAGAUGGGCUGGCAGAACUCUGACCCAGCAUCAGAUUUCAGGGCUGGGGGGGUCAUGUCCUUGGAGAAUCUGAUAUAUUUCGCCAGAAAUUACCCAGGUUCCUUUCAGAGGCUACUACAUAAGGCAGAUGGUGAAAGAGCUGAAUGGGAAUACCCAUUCGCAGUAGCUGGCGUAAACAUAUCUUAUAUGUUAGUGCAAAUGCUGGAUUUGCUGUCAGGAAAUAGGAUGUCGAAAGCUGGUGUUUGCUUUGUUGAGCUACUUGAAGAUGACGAGAUGGCUUUUGAUAACCUCUUCUGCGUAGCUUUUCAGAUGCUUGAUGCACAGUGGCUCGCGAGGAAAGCUAGUUAUAUGGAAUUCAAUGAGGUUCUGAAGUCCACACUAGUUCAGUUAGAGCGAGAGCUUACUGCCGGAGGCGUUUCGAGCGUACAUAACCUGCCAUCAUUUAGAAUGCUGGAGAGUUAGCCCUGUAGCGAUGCUCUUUACAGAAAAGGAGGACCUCUCACCUGUUAGUAGCUUGUCAAAUAUGCUGCUCAUUCUUUUAUUUGUUAUUAUUGAAUGUAAUGUAAGAUUACUGACCAUCGAUAUCAAAUAUUUAGUUCACACUGAUGAUUAUCUAAUCUGGUACCAUGAAAAGAUACUUGCUCUGCCAGGUUUUGCCAUUAAGCUCUCCUGUUUUGGGGGUGUCUACUAAGUUUACUGUUUCUGUAGCAAAAUGUACUCCCAGGAGUGUAACCUUUUGAAAUAAUGUGAUCUUUGUAUGGAACAGCAGUUAACAGGUCUUCUUA